AUGUGUCUUCGAUACGAUUAUUGGAUGAAGUUUGAUCUUGAGACCCUUCCGGAUGACAUGGUGUACCUUAUCAAGUUCGGUCAUUUGGAAACUGAGAUAGUCUCCCAAGUUCUCCGCCGACAUGAAUCCGGUAUUGAGGACCAAGCUAUCAGUGGUUUGGCUGGAACAGCUCUGACGGCCAUUGCUGACUUUUUCGAUGACAUGGAUGCUCCGGAUGAAAGCGCACCUGUGGAUAAUAACAAACCACCUUUGAUUAUCGAGCUUUACCCCACCGCAAGUGAAGAUGACUCUGAAUCUGUGCCUGACCUGGGCACUUUUGGCGAUUGCUUGGGAGAACGUCCUGCCAACAAUGCCUCCCCAGCGAGUUUUCAACAUUGCUCUCAGUUGGCGCAGCCGAGCACCUUGACUGCUGUGCGAGUGUCUGGCGAAAAGAAGAAAUCGCCGAACCCAUCACCAACCAAGCGUUGUCGGGAAGACACUUCUGGCACCACUCCCUUCAGUCAAGCCUUUCCUGACAGCGAUUGUGCCGAUGCGAAUGGUGGCUAUGAGAAGAUUGUCGAAGGUUCGGAUGCUGAUGACAUUGACAGUUCGGCGCAUGAGGAUCUCAAGAGGACAUUGGAGGAGAGCUUUGCUGAGAUGAGACGCAGAGAAGACGCCGAAGAGCAAGACGAAGAUGACGCGACGCAUCUCAAUUCUUAUCUUUACAGCAGCUGA